UGCCCUUUCUUUCAACGCUACCCAGCACCCGGCGCAUACGGCUCUUUCCGCCUACACUCCUCCAUCCUAAAGCCAGCGAACCUGCACCCAAACAUGAGCUUCACAGUGGAGGAAAGGGGAAACCUCAAUUCCCUGAACUACCGCAUAUUCUUCAAGAAUGCUGAAGGAAAGUAUGUGUCACCGUUCCAUGACAUACCAAUGUAUGCUGAUGAGAGUCAGAACAUCUUCAACAUGGUUGUCGAAGUACCAAGGUGGACCAACGCAAAGAUGGAGAUUGCUACAAAAGACCCCCUGAACCCAGUAAAGCAAGAUAUGAAGAAAGGCAAGUUACGAUUUGUUGCCAAUGUUUUCCCACAUAAAGGCUACAUAUGGAAUUAUGGAGCAAUUCCUCAGACAUGGGAAGAUCCCUCGCACAAAGAUGGAGACACCGGCUACUGCGGAGACAACGACCCCAUCGAUGUCUGUGAGAUCGGCAGUAAGGUUCAUUCCCGUGGGGAUGUAAUCAAAGUGAAGGUGCUCGGGGUCCUGGCCAUGAUCGACGAGGGCGAGACUGAUUGGAAAGUGAUUGCAAUCAAUGUAGAGGACCCUGAAGCCAACGACUUGAACAACAUCGGUGACGUCCGGCGCCUGAAACCUGGUUACCUGGAGUCCACGGUCGACUGGUUCAGAAGAUAUAAAGUGCCAGAUGGGAAGCCAGAGAACCAGUUUGCUUUCAACGGCGAGUUCAAAGACAAGGACUUUGCCAUCAAAGUGAUCAAGAACACGCACAACUUCUGGAAAGAUCUCAUUUCCCAAAAGGCCGAUGCUGGUGAACUCAACUGCAAGAACACGUGUGUCUCGGCCAGUGACAGCCCUUACUUCUGCUCCGCGGAGGAGGCUAAAGCUGUUGUCAGUGGAACCAGUCCUCCUGGAGAUGAAGAACCCAUCCCCUCAUCAGUAGAUAAAUGGUUCUACUAUGAGCGGAAGUAACCCAGCAGCGGUUUGGAUUGGAGCAGUGAAGCAGUGAUCUCACGUACUUGUAGAUGGUGCCACCAAUGUGAAGCAAUGUGGGUGUUUGGUUCCGGGCUGGCUGAUUCCCUGUAGAUGCGUAGAUGGAGAGAUAAUAGUUGUUUACUGUAGGAAAUGAAAAGUAAUCAUGUCUCGACCAAAUUAAUUUUCGUAUUUAAUAAAAACUCUUAAGAUUUCCUGUCAAAAAUUAAAAGUGCUAUUCUUGUAGUUACUGGUACCAUCAUGUAUGAGAAUCUGAACUGCUUAAAUAAAGUUUCUCUGGUUAAAUUAUCA